CGCCGUCCAGGCGCUGCUCCGCUUGGUUUUCAUUUGGUUGCUCCCCAGCAUCCUAGCUAUUCUUUUUUCGCUCCUUCAAUCGUUCUGUACCGAAGGAGAGAUUCAGCGGAUCACAUUCUCUACUCCGCCUCCAUUUUCAAAACCCUAAUUCUGAUUCUCGAACCUGUGGAUCUAUCCGUUUCUUUACUCUACGCCGCCGCCAUCACGAUCUGCAACCGGGAAAUAUGCCUCUCCGAUUGGAAAUCAAGAGGAAACUUGCGCAGAGGUCUGAAAGAGUGAAAUCGGUGGACUUGCAUCCUACAGAGCCAUGGAUUCUUGCAAGUCUUUACUCUGGAAGUGUGUGCAUUUGGAAUUAUCAGUCACAGACAAUGGUGAAAUCUUUUGAAGUAUCUGAAUUGCCAGUGCGAUCAGCAAAGUUCAUAGCACGCAAGCAGUGGGUUGUGUCCGGAGCAGAUGAUAUGCUCAUUCGUGUGUACAACUACAACACAAUGGACAAGGCUAAAGUGUUUGAGGCGCACACAGAUUAUAUUAGGUGUGUGGCUGUCCAUCCAACAUUGCCUUAUCUGCUGUCAUCAUCAGAUGACAUGUUGAUCAAGCUUUGGGAUUGGGAUAAAGGAUGGACAUGUACUCAGAUUUUUGAAGGACACUCCCACUAUGUUAUGCAAGUAACUUUUAAUCCGAAGGAUACUAAUACUUUUGCAAGUGCUUCCCUUGAUCGCACAAUAAAGAUUUGGAACCUUGGUUCGCCAGAUCCAAAUUUUACUUUGGAUGCUCAUUUGAAGGGAGUGAAUUGUGUUGAUUACUUUACCGGCGGUGAUAAGCCAUAUUUAAUCACUGGUUCUGAUGAUCACACUGCAAAGGUAUGGGAUUAUCAAACUAAGAGUUGCGUCCAAACUCUAGAAGGUCAUACGCACAAUGUAUCGGCCGUCAGUUUCCAUCCCGAGCUUCCAAUAAUAAUAACUGGAUCUGAGGAUGGAACUCUUCGGAUAUGGCAUGCUACCACUUAUAGGCUUGAGAAUACGCUAAAUUAUGGUCUCGAGCGAGUUUGGGCUUUAGGAUGCAUGAAAGGCUCAAGAAGGGUUGUAAUUGGAUAUGAUGAAGGAACUAUAAUGAUAAAGCUUGGGCGCGAAGUGCCAGCUGCCAGCAUGGACAAUAGUGGAAAAAUUAUAUGGGCAAAGCAUAAUGAGAUUCAAACAGUGAAUAUCAAGACAGUCGGAUCAGACAUUGAGAUAAAUGACGGUGAAAGAUUGCCCUUGGCUGUGAAAGAGUUGGGAAGCUGUGAUAUUUAUCCUCAAAGCCUGAAGCAUAACCCGAAUGGAAGGUUUGUUGUCGUUUGUGGAGAUGGAGAAUACAUUAUAUACACUGCAUUGGCUUGGAGAAAUAGAUCCUUUGGACCUGCUUUGGAGUUUGUUUGGUCAUCAGAUGGGGAAUAUGCAGCUAGAGAAAGUACAUCAAGAGUAAAGAUUUUUAGUAAAACUUUCCAGGAGAAGAAAAGUGUUCGACCAACCUUUUCUGCAGAACGCAUUUUUGGGGGAACUUUAUUGGCUAUGUGCUCUAACGAUUUCAUUUGCUUCUAUGAUUGGGCUGAAUGUAGACUGAUACGCAGAAUUGAUGUGAAUGUCAAAAACCUCUACUGGGCAGACAGUGGUGAUUUGGUUACAAUUGCCAGCGAUUCAUCAUUCUAUAUCUUGAAGUACAAUAAAGAUACUGUUUCUUCACAUGUUGAAAAUGGAAACCCAGCUGAUGAGCAAGGUGUUGAGGAUGCGUUUGAGCUACUUCAUGAAAUAAAUGAGCGUGUCCGAACUGGAAUUUGGGUUGGAGACUGUUUCAUUUACAAUAACUCCUCUUGGCGACUGAAUUAUUGUGUUGGUGGAGAGGUUACAACCAUGUUCCACUUGGAUCGGCCUAUGUACUUGCUAGGAUAUUUGGCUAACCAAAGUCGUGUAUAUCUUAUUGACAAGGAGUUCAAUGUUAUAGGUUACACGUUGCUUCUUAGCUUGAUUGAGUACAAAACUCUUGUGAUGCGUGGGGAUUUGGACCGUGCAAAAGAAGUUUUUCCAUUGAUUCCAAAGGAACAUCUUAAUAGUGUGGCUCACUUCUUAGAGUCUCAAGGCAUGCUAGAGGAUGCUUUAGAAGUGGCCACAAAUCCUAAUUAUCGUUUUGAUUUAUCAAUUCAGUUGGGAAAGUUAGAGGUUGCAAAGGCAAUUGCAGUUGAAUCACAAAGUGAGUCCAAGUGGAAACAGCUUGGAGAAUUAGCCAUGUCUACCGGAAAGUUAGAGAUGGCUGAGGAUUGUUUAUCAAAUGCUAUGGAUUUCAGCGGCUUAUUACUUCUUUAUUCUUCUCUUGGAGACGCUGAAGGAAUUAGAAAACUUGCAAGUCUCGCUAAAGAGCAAGGGAAGAACAAUGUUGCCUUCAUAUGUUUAUUUAUGCUUGGUAAAUUGGAGGACUGUAUUCAAUUGUUGGUAGAGAGUAACCGUAUACCUGAAGCUGCACUGAUGGCGCGGUCCUAUCUUCCAAGCAAAGUCUCCGAGAUUGUGGCAAUAUGGAAAAGUGAACUCAAUAAGGUCAACCCCAAAGCUGCAGAGUCAUUGGCAGAUCCUGAGGAGUAUCCAAACUUAUUUGAGAAUUGGCAGAUUGCUCUUGCAGUUGAGUCUAGCCUUGCCAGUAAAAGGGGUGGAUAUCCUCCUGCGGAAGAGUAUUUAAAUCAUGCUGAGGAGACAAAUAUUAAUCUAGUGGAGGCUUUCAAAAACACUCAAGUUGAUGAAGAAGGGUUGCUAGGUGAAUACGGAGACUCGGAUUAUGCGGGAAGGGUAGAGAAUAAAGAGCGUGCAGAACAGGAACAGGAAGUUGAAGCAGAUGAUUCUACCAAUGGUGCUGUCCUAGUCCAUCUGAAUGAUGAUGAGGAAGACGGGGGUACAAAUAACAAAGGAAUCCCAGCAGUGUAAAUGCAAUUUUUGGGCAAAUGUAGAGACAGUUUUUUUAACUGACUCUCACUCCAAUUAAGUAAAACGACCACCCAGGAUGUCCAGUUUCAAACAUUCUGCCAGUAUAGAUCCAAGGAGUAGUCGCCCUCCACGAACUCAGCAGGUAAUAGCUGGCAAAGAACUCUUCUACUACUCUUUUAUUACCAGACCAGAACCAGAACCAGUGGAUCCCAUCUCAGCUCAUUCUGCCGACGAUUGUAUUUCAAAAUCACAGUAAGCACUAACAAAUUAUUGGAGAAAUCGUCUGGAGAUCAAUCAGAAUGCGUCACGUCAACGCUUCGCUCAGUACCGUGGCUCGAUUUUGCUCGGUACCGCUGCUACCACGGCUCGGUACUGUUGAUGUGACGCAUUAUAGUUUAUCUCCGAACAACGUUCUGCGUUUGACCUCUACAUAAAAUAAUUUCUCAAAUUAUUGACA